UGUCAGAUUGGCGCGUGCGCGGACCGAGCUGCAGCGGAGGUAGAGCGGAGGUGGAUAUGGAUCGCGGCCGAGCCGGGUCGGAGCGGGUGAACACCAUGCUGUCGCCCGAGGCGGAGCGGGUGCUUCGGUACCUCGUGGAGGUGGAGGAGCUCGCCGAGGAGGUGUUGGCGGACAGACGGCAGAUUGUGGACCUGGAUACCAAAAGGAAUCGGAACCGGGAGGGCCUGAGGGCCCUGCAGAGGGAUCUCAACCUCUCUGAAGACGUGAUGGUUUGCUUUGGAAAUGUGUUUAUCAGGAUGCCUCACCGUGAGACGAAGGAAAUGAUUGAGAAAGAUCAGGAACAUCUGGAUAAAGAAAUAGAGAGGCUCCAGAAACAACUUAAAGUGAAGGUCAAUCGCCUCUUUGAGGCCCAAGGCAAACCGGAGCUGAAGGGUUUUAACCUGAACCCCCUCAACAAGGAUGAGCUUAAAGCUCUCAAGGUCAUCUUGAAAGGAUGAAAUUUAAGAACCAAAGUGCGGGACCUAAGACCAGCAUCCCCCCUGGGAUCAUGGAGGACCUAGAACUCUCCAGCCUUGACACCUGCAAGGACAGGAUCUACUCUGCAAGGGGACAGUGUGAGGAAUCUGGCCAUAGUCCUUGUACGAAGCUUCUUUGUCUGUAGCACUUGGCUAUUUUGUGACGGCAGGAGGGAACCCUCAGCCUGCCAGUAUCUGCCGGGCCUGACCACUGGGGCUGGGUGGACACAAGGCCCAUUGACAGGCCCUGGCAGCCACCAGGAGGUGGGAGGGGGCAGCGCUUGUGGGGGUGUGAGAAUGACUGCAACAGGCACUUCUCAACAAUGGCCUGCUAUUGAAAUGGGCCCCGGCAGGGGGAAGAGUGGGAGCUUCAUUCCAGCAUUCCUCUCAGAAAGAGAGAGACGCAUUUUCAAGCAGCGUGUGUAGCGGAAUUGGAAUAAAGCAGGAGGCUCAGAGGAGGCUCCUGUCCUGAAUGAAGGACAGAAUCUUGGUGCUUCAUGGUCUG